GUUACGGGAGUUCGCGUCCGGAGUGUGCGGCGAUUGGGGCGGUGAGGGUGCUGCGUGCUUUGGGAAUACGGGUUUGUUACCAACUAGUAAAGCUCCCCAGCUUACUCUGUUAAGUCACAGUCAUGUCUGCAAGAAUGUUCAAGAAGACGACGACCACCACGACGUCUGUGUCGUCGGGUGGAUCCGCUGCGGCAAGUCCAGCCAGGAGCCGCUCUCCGAGUAGCCCGGCUAGGACCACCCGCAUGGAAGAGAAGCAGCAACUCGCUGGUCUUAAUGAUCGUUUGGCUGCUUACAUCGAAAAAGUUCGUUCCUUGGAAAUAGAAAACAGCCGCUUGUCCCUCCAAGUGCGCUCGUCCCAGGAGAUUGUCACCAGGGAGGUGACAAACAUCAAGUCCCUGUAUGAAAGUGAGCUGGCAGAUGCCAGGCGGCUUCUCGAUGAGACUGCCAGGGAGAGAGCAAAGCUGCAGAUUGAUCUGGGAAAUCUGAAGACAGAGAGGGAUGACUUGGCCACCAAGCUGAUGCGCCGCGAGCGGGAGCUGGAGAACUCCGAGAAACAGGUGAACCUGCUGGACGCGCAGGUUCGCAGCCUGCAGGACCGCCUCAACCAGGCUCUCCAAGAGCGGAAGAAGGCCCAGGAUGACCUGAAGGAGUCGGAGCAGGACAACCUCAAGCUGCGAAAGCAGCUGGAGGAGGUGCGGAAGCAGCUGGAGUCGGAGGCGCUGGCCCGGGUCGACAUGGAGAACCGCUGCCAGAGCCUCAAGGAGGAGAUCGAGUUCAAGUCCAGCAUCUACGAGGAGCAGCUGACGGAGACCCGCAGCAAGAAGACCGAGGAGAUCAGCGAGCUGGACGGCCAGCUGCAGUCCGAGUACGAGGCCCGCCUGCGCGACUCUCUGCAGGAGCUGCGCGACCAGUACGAGAUGCAGAUGCGCGCCAACCGCGAGGAGAUCGAGACCAUCUACGAAAGCAAGCUGGACGAGCUGCGCAGCGCCCAGUCGCGCAACCAGUCGUCGACGGCCAGCACGCUGCGCGAGCUGCGCGAGACCAGGGCGCGCAUCGACGGCUUGCAGGGCAAGAUCGGCGAGCUGGAGGGCACCAACACCACCCUGCUGGCGCGCGUGCGCGACCUCGAGCGCCAGCUGGACGACGAGCGCACCUCCAGCGCCGCCAUGCUGAUGGCCAAGAACGACGAGAUCCACCGUCUGGAGGAGAUGAUGCAGCACCAGCUGCAGGAGUACCAGGACCUGAUGGACAUCAAGGUGGCGCUCGACGUCGAGAUCGCCGCCUACCGCAAGCUGCUGGAGUCGGAGGAGGCCAGGCUGAACCUGUCGCCGGGCGGCCGGCACGUGGUGGGGGUGGUGGAGCGCGGCUCGCGCGCGCGCUCCACGCCGUCCGGCGGCCGCUCCGGCAAGAGGCGCCGCACCGUGAUGGAGUCGGAGGAGGCCUCCUCCGUCGGCUUCGCCGUGGCCAACACCUGCCACGGCGACGUCGAGAUCAUCGACGAAUGCCCCGAGGGCAAGUUCGUCAAACUGCACAACAAGUCAAACAAGGAGGUGUCGCUGGGCGGCAUGCAGCUGGUGCGCAAGGCGGACGACAACGAGACGGACUACAAGUUCCACCGCUCCAUCAAGCUGGGGCCGGGCGAGGAGACCACCGUCUGGGCGUCCGAGGCCGGCCAGACGCACGACGCGCCGCACGUGCUCGUCAUGAAGGGCCAGACCUGGUUCGUGGCCGAUAAGAUGACUACCACCCUGUUCGACAUGGAAGGCGAGGAGAUCGCCCAGCGCGUCUCGCAGCGCGAGAACCGCUCGGCCAGCUUCUCCACACGCCGGCAGCAGACUCUGGCCUCCAGCUCCGAGCAGGUGGAGGGCGGUGCUGAUGACUCGCGCGGCAGCGACUGGAGCCUCCUGAACAUCUUCGGCGGCCGCCGCGCCCUGCGCCAGUAACCGGCCCGAGUCGGCGAUCGACCGGCCGCCCACGGCGCCGGCAGCAGACCGCGCCAACCGGUCCCACCGCUCGUAGCACGCCUACUACGCCCGGCCGUCACUGCCAGCCCCCGGCCGUGAGCGCACCGCCACGCUGACAGGCCAGCCGACGGACCGUCCGUCUGUCCGUCUGCCAGCUGCUGCCAGCCGCUUCGCCCCGCUAACGGCGCGCGUUUCAUCUUUUAGAUGUCUUUGUCCUGCGUUGUAGUGACCGCUUCACCGCGAGUCCGGCGUUAGCGCCCCUCCGGUCGCUUGGUGCCCGCCCCGGCCCCCGCCGCCCGGGCGGGCUGGCUUGGUGCUGCCUCUGCCUCCGCCUCCGCGCGCGCGCGCUGCUCGUCAUCCGUGUGUACGUCAUCACCCGCGCGCCCAUAUUCCCGCUGAGGAUAUGUACAAAGUUUGACCGACCCUCCGUGGUCUGUAGGUGUAGGUGGUGCUGGGGAAGCCGCGGCCCUUCCCCUCUGGCCUGUCGGGGGCGACCGCUGACCCCGUCUGACCUGUCUGGAGAGGCCAGUGGCGCCUCUCGACUGGACGGGGGGAAGGGUCGCGGCCAGCCGACACCCAGCGGCGGUGUUUUAUUUUUGUAUCACCAGUCCGGGCUCGUCUGGAGGAUAUAUAGAAUAAACGUUCUAAAUCCU